GCUGGGAAGGACGUGGGAGAGCGGCAGGAGCGAGCGGCCUUGCCCCCGCAGGCGGGCAGCAGCCGAGCCCAGCGAGGGGUUUUUCCUUUUCUGCCGGAGGCCGCCGCUCUGGAAAAUGGGCCUGAGCUCUUCCAGGACACACCGCAGGGUGACCAAGGUGGCCCCAGCGCGAGCCGGGGGUGACCUGCCCGUCCUGCCCUACAUCCCGGCCCCACGCCGGUUUUCCCACGCGCCGCAAGAGGCGGCGGAGCAGGAGAAAGCCGCGUUCCCAAGGCAGCUCCCACCCCUCCGGGAAACUGGGUACGGGAGACCCACUGCAGGGCCCCUUUCUUUCAACACCAUGCUGGAAAAGGGAGACACCAGCAUCAUUAAGCAGCACCCACCUCGGAGACCUCAAAAGCUUGAACCUGCUGGCCUUCUCGCUGCCGAAAAGCUCCCGAGUCAGCAAGACGCGGCAGCAGCUCCGAAAGCGAAGGCUCUGGAGAAGAGGGGGCAAACCCUGAAACACUUCCCUGGCAGACGGCAGCACUUACACAAGCUGCAGAUGCUGGACUUGCACCGCAGGCGCCGAGAGGCUGAGCUGAAGAGAAAUCUCCACAGGGAGGCAAAAAUCAAUAAACAAAAAAUCAAGGAAUUCAACCCGAAGAAAGUCCUUGGCAAUCUCCAGAGAAGCAACAGCUCCGAAAGUCGAGACCUCAUCCCUGCUGAGCACAAUCAGACCUUUAAUGGAGACUGUGGAAAUACAUGGGAUGGACAAUUUUCAGGGCAACAUGACAGGGGUGAAUCUUCUCCAAGCAAGAGCAGCAAAGCUGAUAUGUGGUUCUGUCGGGAGCAGCCUGCAAGAGACCUGUUCUGGGAUAGCUCCAGCACUGACUCGGAGGACUGGGAAAGGGAAGGGAAGAACUUUUAUCACAAACCUACUCUUGUAAGAACCAAGACAGAGAGAAUUCCUCUCUUCGAUGAGCUUAUCUUGGAUGAAGAUUUGUAGUUGCGUGUUGUGGGAUGAGAGUGGUGUGCUAAAAAACAACCCAGAGCGCUCUGGUUGGGCUGAAAAUCCCCUGGCUGGAUAUAUUGAGGGUAUAGACAUGGUGUGGUGUUUGUAGUAAGCUGAAUUUCUGUAAGCAUGAGCCAGUGGAAAAGGCUACUGAAAAAAAAGGAGAUCGCUGACGUGGGGUGAAUAAUAACUGUUUUGGGAAUGUGGCUGAAUCUGGAAAAAAAAUGGCUUGGGCUGAGCAAGAGUUGAGUGAGGGGUGGAGGGAGGAGAAGGCUGGCAAAACAAACAAACAAAAGCUUGAAAAUGCUCUGAGUUAACCCCAGUUACAGUAUUAAGUUCAACUUGAAAUGAAAUGUUCCGCUUCCCUUUGGAACUUUUAACUUUAACUUACUGGUUAGCUUUUUUUUUUUUUUUUUUUUUUUUAACCUUAUGUCCUUUUCUAAACCACAAAAAUCUGGUUCAAAAAGGAAAAGUAAAAUGAUUGGCUUAGGAUAGCUUUAAAAUAAAUAUUCUGGCAUUU